CGGUAUUUUUUCCCGCUGUCGCCGGCUUGCUGUCACAUUUUGAAGAGGUCAGCGACAUAAUUGGACAUAAUUGCUUGCAUUUCAAAAAAUCUUAUCGGUAUUUAGUGCUUCCAGCGUCCAAUAUUACUUUAAACAAUAAUAAAUCAAGAUGUUUGAAGCACGUUUACUCCGAAGCUCCAUUUUGAAGAAAGUCCUCGAAGCCAUUAAGGAUCUGCUCACACAAGCUACAUUUGACUGCGAUGACAAUGGAAUUCAAUUACAGGCUAUGGACAACUCCCACGUUUCACUGGUGUCUCUCUCGCUCAGGGCAGAUGGCUUCGACAAGUAUAGAUGUGACAGAAAUAUAUCCAUGGGAAUGAACUUGGGAAGCAUGUCAAAAAUCCUGAAAUGUGCGGGCGACAAAGACACAGUGACCAUGAAGGCGCAGGACAACGCAGACACCGUCACAUUUGUGUUCGAGAGCCCCAACCAGGAGAAGGUCUCCGAUUAUGAAAUGAAACUCAUGAAUUUAGAUUUAGAGCAUUUGGGAAUCCCCGAAACUGAAUACAGUUGCACAAUCCGCAUGCCGAGUGCAGAGUUUGCGCGCAUCUGCAGAGAUCUCUCACAAUUUGGGGAGUCCAUGGUCAUAUCUUGCACAAAGGAGGGAGUAAAAUUCUCAGCGAGCGGCGACAUCGGUUCAGCGAACGUGAAGUUAGCACAAACUGCGUCCAUCGACAAAGAGGAGGAAGCGGUUAUUAUUGAGAUGGACGAGCCUGUCACACUCACGUUCGCCUGCCAGUAUCUUAACUAUUUCACUAAGGCUACUUCUUUGAGUCCACAGGUGCAAUUAUCAAUGUCCGCGGACGUGCCCCUCGUUGUGGAGUACCGCAUUCCGGACAUCGGCCACAUUCGCUAUUACUUGGCGCCGAAAAUCGAAGAAGACGAUAACUAAAAUAUCUAGUAUUCCAUACCGAUGUGCCUAUCAUGUUACUUUUGUAUAACAAUUAAAUUGUGGUUAAGAUAAUAAAACUAUUUUUCAAA